CCCCGGCUGGCGCGCGGCAGGCGGAAGUGAGGUCGUGGGCUGCGGUGUCUGCGCGGCGUCGGCGGUAGCGGGGGCCGCGGCGAGGCGGGCGGGAGGCAGCGCGGGCCUAGCGGUCGGCCGCAACCGAGCGUCGUCUGGGGCACUGCCCGUCGCCGAGCCACACGCCGUGCCGGCUCGGGCCGGCUCGCGCCGGUCCCGGAGGCGCAGGCCACCUUCUUGAAAUCAUGAAUCCUGUUUAUAGCCCUGGGUCUUCUGGGGUUCCCUAUGCAAAUGCCAAAGGAAUUGGAUAUCCAGCUGGUUUUCCUGUGGGCUAUGCAGCAGCACCUGCCUAUUCUCCUAACAUGUACCCUGGAGCAAAUCCUACCUUCCAAACAGUGCUGGAGAUUGAACCCAGGGUCUUGCACAUGUUAGGCUACACUCCUGGCACACCUUACAAAGUGUCCUGUUCCCCAACCAGCGGAGCUGUGCCACCGUAUUCCUCUUCCCCCAAUCCUUACCAGACGGCUGUAUACCCGGUGAGAAGUGCCUACCCCCAGCAGAGCCCGUACGCCCAGUUGUCUCUGUUUUCCCCACAGCAAGGCACGUACUAUACACAGCCUCUGUAUGCAGCGCCUCCUCACGUCAUUCACCACACCACGGUGGUGCAGCCCAAUGGCAUGCCAGCAACGGUCUACCCUGCUCCCAUCCCUCCUCCUAGAGGCAGCGGGGUCACCAUGGGCAUGGUUGCUGGGACCACGAUGGCCAUGUCAGCAGGUACCCUGCUGACCGCUCAUUCUCCAACUCCUGUAGCCCCUCACCCGGUCACUGUCCCCACAUACCGAGCCCCAGGGACGCCCACGUACAGCUAUGUGCCCCCUCAGUGGUGAUUGCCCUGCAGAUUAAUAUCUGAGGAUGGAGCUGUGCAGUUACUUCAUUGAGUCCACAGCUGGUGCUGCAGGCCUUGUGCCUCCAACCAGGACUUUGUUCUUACUGCUCCGACACUUAGCUAAACACGACUGCGCCCAGCCCAGCAGGCCCCAGCUCGCUAGUCUCCAACUAACUCGGGCUUGGUUUUAAAGCAAACCCUGUUUUGUGGACUGCCUGGCAAUUUUUUUAGCUAACUGUAAUGAUAAAAAAGGGAGUAUUACUCUAUUCUGAAUCAUAUCUAGUUGAAUGCAUGUUUAUAAAAACAAACAAAACAAAGCUUGCUCAAUCUACCUGCAGUGACUGAUGUAAAACCAUCAUACACAAAACCCAAAGGACUGGACCGUGUUCACAGCCUGUCACUCACGCACCUCUGUGACGUACGCUGAGUCUCAGUUACACAUGUGUAAGGGAUGUCCUCACUGAAGCGUGGGGGACUGGAGGGGACUCUAGGUGCUGGGGCUGCCAGGUGUGGACACAGACAUGUAUGUAGCUUUCAGCUGCCUCAUGUUUUGGCACUGACUGACUGAUCCUGGAGUGAGCCGCAGGGACUGGGAGAGCAAGCGAGUGAGCGAGCCUGCAGCCGCCCCCAACAGCAGCAGCAGGGAGAGCAGGAUCCCUCUCCUUCACUUCAGCUGGAGUGUGCUCUGGAGAGCAGGGAUCUACCUGUAGCAGGAAGUACAGGAGCUUGGUGAGCAGUCCAGCUGGGGUGAAGAAUGGUCUGUGUGUCAGAGCAGGGUCUGCCAUCUGAGUUUCCACUGUAUGUCUUACAGGAUAAUGUUCUGUGUUAUCUGUUGGGACUGUUGAAAAAGUCCAUUGUAGAAGUAAAGUGUCUUCCUAGGAGGGAGGAUGUUGGAGAGAAGCAGCCACACUAAGGCAGUGUUGUCUUUGCUUUAUUUUGCUUAGGGAACCAUUCCUUUUUUCCCCCUGAGAAUAACUGAGUCAGCUAAAGACACGGGCACUGCUGCAAUCUCCCCCGAAGACUUCAGCUGUGUGCUGGGCUGUGCAGAGCAUUGUACAUUUAAGACUGGUUACAAGGGAAUAAGUGUAUUUUAUUUUUCAGUUAGUUCCUCAUGUUUCUUGUAGAGAAGCAGGGCUGUGAUUAUGUCUAAAGAUGUAGAAAUAAUGUAGCUUGUCUUGGGGUCAUUUGCCUGAGGAUGACCUGUCCUCUGUGACUAGUGGGUGGGGCUGGGAAGGCUGCACAAAUGCUUUGUGAGCCUCUUUGGCAGCUCUCUCCUGUCGCUGAAAGCACUUGGUACCAGGCCCAUGUGGAAAGCAGAAACAGCCAGGCAGUUCAGGAAUGCUGCACUCAAGGAAGGCUCUGUGGUGGGAAAGAUUUUGAGUGUGUACAUAAGACAUCACGAGGGUUCUUUUUGCCUGAAUAUGCCCAACUUGAAUCUGUGAGAGUGUUUUUGUUCAGUGUGGGUCAAAGGGGCAGGGUAUGAGGACCUCUCUUGGUCUGUCACAGGGGCAAGGCCUGAGGACCUCUUGGGUCAGUCAACUGGGGGUGUGAUUUUUAUCUUUUCCAACCCCAUUGAAUUGCUGGGGCUUUGGUUGAAGGGGUGCUUGUCUCUGGCAGCUAAGUCUAGGCCUCCAUGUUGGUCGCCUCAGUAGCAAUCACCUUGGCUAGAGGGCGGGUCACCUGAAUAUGGAACUUUUGGUGACCUUAUUUUUCUAGUAAUGUUCUCCAUAAUUUCUCUUUAGCAUUUAAUUUUGUGAGUUUAGGAAAGUAUCUGCAUGGAUCAGUGUGAACAGAAGAUUCCUCAUUCCUUACAUCCAUGGACAUAGAAUGUUUCUGGAUGAGUAUGUUUAAUUGUCUCAUGAGCGAGAGAGAGAGAGAGAGAGAGAGCGAGAGAGAGCGAGAGAGCGCAUGGGGUGAGAGGUAGCACAAGAAAGCACUCACUGCACAGAGAUGGAAACAUUUGCUGUGGCGCAUGGCCUGCAUCCAUACUUUCAUGUUGGGAUUCCCAUCCCUGUGGUGGAUGAUGUGCAGAGUUGGUAGUUCCAAGGUUUCCCGGGUGAAUAAUCACAGAUCAUGGAACAAAUGUACCUGUGAUUUUCACAUGUGUUUGGAAAAGUCCCCCUACUAAACAUAGCUAUCUCCCUGCCUGGAAAGGAAAGGGUAGAGUUGUUGGCCUGCAGCAGGAAAUUCCCACGUCUUUGGGCCUGCUUGCAGCUGCACAGUUAGUGCUUGCACAGGCCCUGAGUUCUCAGGACACAGAGAGGGGUUGCCACCCCCCUACUCAUCCAUCACAUCACACACUUGCCCUGGAACUGUUUAAAUGGAGCGACUAUCAAACACCUCUGUUUUAUACAACUGGUCUGUGUGGAAAUCUUUUAUGUUUUGAAGCUAUCAGGUAUUCACUAUGGAAUCUGCUGGUGAAGGAUCUUACCAGGUGAGAAUCUGGGCAUAUGGAUGGUAGUGAACUGUCACAGGUGGUGACUUGAACAACAUUCAGUUUCAGUAAAACUAAGGAACAGAAUUGGGUCAGUAUUCUAUUACAUGGCUGCACAGGUGUCCCAAAACAUUCCAAGAAAGUGUGCUUUCUAUGUGUGACAUUCCUACUAGAGUCCAUCAGCUGAAUUGACAGGCAAGCAGAGUGACACUGAAACUGAACACUGACAUCGCUGUUAAGGAUAUAUAUAUAUAUAUAUAUAUAUAUAUAUAUGUUGUUUGUUUGUUUGUUUGUUUCCCGCUGCCUUCCCUGAGGCUAGGGAGCUUUCUUCCUCUGCUGCUGCUGUUUGCAGUUUAGAGCUGUGGAGUAUUGGAACCUGUGACUCCUUGACUCUCGAGAAGUAAAUCCAUCAGGAUUGGGCCAGUUAGGCUGCAGGCAUGCAUGGACACGGCAGAAUUGUUGCGGUGUUGUCUUCCUUGGAAGAACUGUCGAGUGGCUGCUGGCUACCAGUUGCCGUUCUGAGUAGCAGCCUGUGAGUGGUGUGCAGAGGCAGUGUUUGUUGUUGAGUAUCCUACCUUUCCUCAGCCAUGCGCCUGGUAUCUUAUGCAUCUGGUUUUGUUCUGAUGCACGGUCUUACGGUACAGUGAGAGCAAAGCCAUUCUCGGGAGGCUGGUGCUUCCUGCUUCUGACUUGGGCCUUUGAGUGGGCCUGUGGUGGGAGAGGUUGGCCAGCACCAGCCUUAACCGUCGGGGCUGCCUCAGAUUUCCGCAGUUCUUCUGAAUAUGGAGUCUAGGAUCACUGACUGUGGGGCCACCUUCUCUCAGCAUCUGACAUCUGUACUUGUGGUGUGCCUGGCCCUGCUGAGUGGCACAGGACCUCCCAGGGUGCAGGGACAAGUGUGGCAGCUGCUGGUCCUGUCCUGGUGCUUUCUGAGGGUUGCAGAGGGCAGGAGGGCAGCAGACUCGCUCGCGCAUCCAGCACACCUCCCAGGUCUUUGCUCACUCCUGCCCAGUCUACUGUGUUUGGUGGAGUGAUGAUGCGGUUGGUCUCAGUAGGACAGUCAAGUGAUUGUCUGUGUCUUAGUUCUUCUCUUCCCUCCCCCUCCCUGUUCAUGUGAGGAACAGAAAGCCUGUGGAAUGAAUCUGACUAGAAGUAUGGCACGGGAGGCAGCUGCGUUUCUGUCCAAGAACUGCUGCGGUAGCUAGCUGUGCACGAGAUGUGAGAACCCAGCGGGUGUGUAGGCGGUGUACAGGGAAGGGCAGUGGGUGGCUCUGGUGCAGACUGGGCAGUAUGAGAGACCAGUUGGGUCAGACUGGGGACUGGCUCCCAGCAGGGUUAUUGUGGCAGCUGGAGGCCCCAAGGAGCCUGAUAGAUAGGCUGUGACUGAACAGAAAAGGUUCUUCUUUUUUUAAACUUUUGUUUUUAAAUACUCUUUUUUACACUGUUGUUGGUACUUUUUUUAUGCCUAAGUCAGCAUUGUCUUCCAGUGUUAAAGGCAUCCCUUGCCUCUUUAUGGAACUUACGUGUCAAAACAAAGGAACGGGCAGACUGUCCAUCCCAUGCCAGUUCAAUUAGAUGUAAAGUCAUACUGUUUUAAUUUUUUAUGCAAUCUGAUGAGUAGAUGAGCUCAGAUUUAAAAGCACGUUUAUUGUAACCAGAAUUGUUAUGUAAUUAAUACUGCAGUUUUCAAUAAAGAUUGACUUGUGUUGCA